CUGUAUAAACACUACAGCCUUCUACUUUACCUCUCUAGAAACCCUACCCUUGUCGAUCGAAGACACACUCUCUGUGUCUCUCGCGCUCUCUCAAUCCCUCACAAAUUCGAAGAAACUCUAUCUGGUUCUCAUAUCGUGUUCGUAGCCACCAUGCCGGCGGAGAAGAAACUCCCUCUUCAGACGAGCAACAAUGUCAACACGGCGGGGGCUCCUCAGAAGACGAUCGAGGAGACCUACCAGAAGAAGACUCAACUGGAGCACAUCUUGCUCCGUCCCGACACGUACAUCGGCUCAAUCGAGAAGCACACUCAGACUCUCUGGAUCUACGAGAACGACGAGAUCGUCCAUCGAUCCGUCUCAUACGUUCCUGGUCUAUACAAGAUCUUCGACGAGAUCCUCGUCAAUGCAGCCGAUAACAAGCAGAGAGACCCCAAGAUGGACUCCUUGAAGGUGGUUAUCGAUGUGGAGCAGAACUUCAUCAGCGUGUACAAUAAUGGAGAUGGUGUGCCGGUGGAGAUCCACCAGGAGGAGGGGGUUUAUGUACCGGAGUUGAUUUUUGGGCACCUCUUGACGAGCAGCAACUACGAUGAUAAUGUGAAGAAGACCACUGGAGGAAGAAAUGGAUACGGUGCUAAGCUCACGAAUAUCUUCUCCACAGAGUUCGUUAUCGAGACUGCUGAUGGGAAGAGGCAGAAGAAGUACAAACAGGUCUUUGCGAACAACAUGGGGAAAAAAUCUGACCCUGUUAUAAACAAGUGCAAGGAGGGUGAGAAUUGGACAAAGGUUUCAUUUAAGCCUGACUUGUCCAAGUUUAACAUGAGCCAUUUGGAAGAUGACGUGGUUGCAUUAAUGAGAAAGCGGGUGUUUGACAUGGCUGGGUGCCUUGGAAAGACUGUGAAGGUUGAACUGAAUGGGAGUCGGGUCCCAAUUAAAUCGUUUAUUGAUUAUGUGGAUCUCUACCUACGUUCUGCCUCUAAAUUCAGACAGGAUCCACUUCCAAGAAUUGUAGAGAAAGUCAAUGACAGGUGGGAGGUCUGUGUGAGUCUUAGUGAAGGACAGUUUCAGCAGGUCAGCUUUGUUAAUGGAAUUGCUACAAUCAAAGGUGGAACUCAUGUUGAUUAUGUUACUAAUCAGAUCACUAACCAUGUAAUGGCUACUGUAAAUAAGAAGAACAAGAACGCAAAUGUGAAAGCCCAUACUGUAAAGAAUCACUUGUGGGUUUUUGUCAAUGCUCUGAUCGACAAUCCUGCUUUUGAUUCUCAAACUAAGGAAACGUUGACCCUUCGUCAAAGCAGUUUUGGGUCUAAAUGUGAACUUUCAGAUGAAUUAAUGAAGAAAGUUAUAAAGUCGGGGAUUGUGGAAAGUCUCCUCUCAUGGGCCGAUUUCAAGCAGAGCAAAGAGCUUAAGAAAACCGAUGGAACAAAGACACAAAAGAUUCAGGUUGAAAAGCUAGAGGAUGCUAAUGAUGCUGGAGGAAGGAAUUCUGAUAAAUGUACCUUGAUUUUGACAGAGGGGGAUUCAGCAAAGGCUCUUGCUAUGGCGGGGUUGUCUAUUGUGGGUCGGGACCACUAUGGGGUGUUCCCUUUGAGAGGCAAGUUGCUGAAUGUACGGGAAGCCACCCACACCCAGAUCAUGAACAACAAAGAAAUUGAGAACAUCAAGAGGAUUCUUGGGCUACAGCAAAAUAAGCAGUAUGAUAGCAUCAAGUCCUUGAGAUAUGGCCAUCUGAUGAUAAUGACAGAUCAGGACCAUGAUGGUUCCCACAUCAAGGGCCUGUUGAUCAACUUUAUUCACUCUUUCUGGCCAUCAUUGCUGAAGAUUCCGUCUUUCUUGGUUGAAUUCAUAACUCCAAUUGUAAAGGCAACUCACAAAAAUGGCACAGUUUUAUCCUUUUAUUCCAUGCCCGAAUAUGAAUCGUGGAAGGAAAGUUUUGGAGGGAGUGCAAGUGGUUGGUCGAUAAAAUACUAUAAGGGGUUGGGAACAAGUACAUCUAAGGAAGGUAAAGAGUACUUUGGCAAUCUUGGUAUGCACAAGAAAGAUUUUGUAUGGCAAGAUGAGCAAGAUGGUGAGGCAAUUGAGCUUGCUUUCAGUAAGAAGAAGAUUGAAGCAAGGAAGCAAUGGCUCCGGCAGCUUGAGCCUGGUACCCACCUUGAUCAGAAGGAGAAGCUCAUAAAAUACAGUGACUUUGUUAACAAGGAGCUAAUAUUGUUUUCCAUGGCGGAUCUUCAAAGAUCAAUUCCCUCAAUGGUUGAUGGUUUGAAGCCCGGUCAAAGGAAGAUACUUUUUUGUUCCUUCAAGAGGAAUUUUGUGAAAGAAGCAAAAGUUGCCCAAUUUUCUGGUUAUGUGUCAGAGCAUUCUGCUUAUCAUCAUGGUGAGCAGAGUCUUGCAAGUACCAUCAUUGGUAUGGCACAGAAUUAUGUAGGCAGCAACAAUAUUAACCUUUUUCAACCAAAUGGUCAAUUUGGUACACGCAACAUGGGAGGAAAAGAUCAUGCAAGUGCUAGAUAUUUAUACACUCAGCUUUCUCCUAUUACGCGGUUCUUGUUUCCAAGAGAUGAUGAUAGGCUUCUUAACUACCUGAGUGAAGAUGGGCAAACCAUUGAACCCUCUUGGUACAUGCCAAUUAUACCAAUGGUUCUCGUCAAUGGUAGUGAGGGAAUUGGGACUGGAUGGAGCUCUUACAUCCCCAAUUAUAAUCCAGCAGAAAUAGUUGCUAACGUGAGGCGAUUGCUUAAGGGUGAAAUGAUGGAGCCUAUGCAUCCAUGGUAUAAAGGAUUUACAGGUAGUAUUGAAAAAACUGCAUCAAAGGAAGCUGGGUCCACCUACACAAUCAGUGGGCGUAUAGAGGAAGUCAAUGAGACUAUGCUUAGGGUGAUAGAGCUUCCAGUCCGUAGGUGGACUCAAGAUUAUAAGGAAUUUUUGCAAUCAAUCUCAGAAGGAAAUAACAAAGCCAUCAAUCCAUUCAUUACGGAAUUCAGGGAGCAUAGUGACGAUACAACUGUUGAGUUUGGGAUCAUUUUGUCAAAGGAGAACAUGUUAUUAGCCAAGCAAGAGGGUCUGGUGAAGAAAUUUAAAUUGACCACGACAAUCAGCACAAGUAACAUGCACUUGUUUGAUUCGAACGGGGUUAUUAAGAAAUAUGAUACUCCAGAACAGAUUCUUGAGGAAUUUUUCCCCUUAAGGCUCGAAUUUUAUGAGAAAAGGAAGAAAAUUCUUCUGGACAACCUUGAAAUGGAAUUGUUGAAAUUGGAGAACCGGGUUAGGUUUAUCCUUGGGGUUGUGAGUGGAGAAAUAAUUGUUAACAACAGGAAGAGAGCUGAUCUGUUCCUGGAACUGCAACACAAAGGUUUCACCCCCUUUCCAAAGAAAACUAAAUCUAUUGAAGCCGCGGUUGCUGGGGCAACUGAUGAUACAGAAGACGUCGAGGAUGAUGUUGCAUUAGCCAAAGGAGUACGCGCUAGUGAUUAUGACUAUUUGUUAUCCAUGGCUAUUGGAACCUUGACCCUUGAGAAGGUUCAGGAGCUCUGUGCUGAUAAGGAUAAGCUCAAUCAGGAAGUAGAUGAUUUGAGGAAAGCAACUCCAAAGUCUUUGUGGAUUAAAGACCUUGAUGCUCUUGAGCAAGAACUCAAUGAGCAAGAUGUAAGUGAUGCUGUUGCAGAGAAGGCCAGAAAGGAAUUGAAAAACAAAGUAAGGAGUGAAGUUGCGACAAAGCCUGGUAGACAAGCCCCUAAAAUCCCAAGAAAAAACACCAAAAAAGCCAACAACACAGUAGCUGUCACAGAGACUAUGGGAGGAUCAACCAGUUCUGCAAUGGAAACAGAUAAUGUUCCGGUAGUGACGAAGCCAAAAGGAAGAGCAGCUUCAAAGAAGGCACCUAGUAGAAAGCAGGAGAAAACCACCACUUUUGAUGAUGGUGGCGAUGACGAUGACGAUGACGAUGACAUUGAAUUACCUGAGCUAAGAGAACGACUUGCUGCCUAUAACCUUGAAUCUUCUUCUGACCAAACAGCUGCGAUGGACCCUCAUGUAACUGAUGCAACAACUCGGAAGAAAGAACUCAGUAACCGCGUGGCUCAGAAGAAUUUGCCAACCCAGUCGAAAACUUUGGAUGGGGACAGUGAUGAGGAUGAAGUACUUGAGUUGAAAGAGCGUCUCGCUGCUUAUAACCUUGAUUCUUCUCCAGAUCAAUUGGCAGACUCCGCAGCUGAAGUUCCCAGUCUACAGGGAAGGAAGAAAGAGCCUAGAAAGAGGGCUGCUGCACAAAAGAAGCCUUUGGUAACAAUAUCAGAAAGUUCGGACGGUGAGGAUCAGAUCAGCAUGGAUGACAAUGAAGAUGAUGAUCUAGAAGUUGUAAGUGCCCAUCAAGCUGGAAAGAAGGGAGGGAAAAAGGCAGCUGGAAAUGCCAAGACAAGUAACAAACCCCCAGUGGCUACAAAGAAGAGAGGGAUAGCUACCAAGCAGCCUAAGAUAAGCCAGAAGCUUCUUACUGAGAUGUUAAAGCCUGCAGAAAGUUCUGGGAUUUCUCCAGAGAAGAAGGUGAGAAAGAUGAGGGCAUCACCAUUUAACAAGAAAAGUGGCUCUUUAUUGGGCAGGGUUAGCCAGAAAGACAAGGACCCUGAAAUUGAUGAAUCCAUGGGUUCUGCUUCCACAACUGACGACACUGAAGAAGUGACUGAAACACUUCCUGCAAGAGCUAGACCUUUGAGGGAAAAACGUAGACAGACAACGUAUGUUGUGAGUGAUUCUGACAGUGAGGAAGCUAAUGAGGAUUCUGACAGUGAGGAAGCUACUGAGGAUUCUGAUUUCAAUGAAGAUGAAGACUAGGAUGGUGUCAAUAUCAUCCUGUUACAACAAUUCUAAAUCCAGAUCGGCUUGAUGAUGCUUAUUGUUACGUACUUUGUUCUGUUAUGCUGUCUUUGCCUUCUGAGUUGGAACAACGAUAAAACUGAAAAUUCGUUGCAAUUAAAUCCUCUUUGCAUCUAUUUUGUCUAUGCUUAUAGAUGUCUUAAAAUUUUUA